ACAAAAAGCUGAACCAGUGAGGUUGACCGGCCACUAACAAUACAGCGUUCCACACUACCCCACCUGCUACAAAAACCCAUCUUUCUCAAAAAUCCAUGAUUAUCUAUUUGACCCCAGACGCUCAGUUAUCUUUUCUCCGUUAAACAAACAUUCAUCAUUCAUUGCAUCGGCCCAAGAUCGCCAUCGCAGAAUAUAACUUUCAGCUCCUUCUCCUGUAUUUCUUUCAUUUUUCUUUUUUUUCUAUCUUGACAUGUGGAGUGUAUAAAUAUUGGACUGUUGGUGAAACCCUUGAAGAUGGGAAUUCUGGGAUUUGCUCGUUUCUCUCAAAGCUCCGAUCUUUAGGUGAAUAUCACGUUUUAAUCUUUGUUUCAAGAUCUAACCGUUCAAGAUUUAUGUGGAGGCCAUUUAAGAAAUUUGAUUUCGCGCAUGCAAUGAUUUUGGAAAUGGUGAUCAAAAGGGUGUUUGGGAGCUCUGAAAUCGAAAGAUUAGAUAUGUUUCUCUAGUGCUUUGUGCUGGGGAUAGCGCCGUUUCCGUUCAGGAAUUGCUUGUCUUUCGAUCUUAUGCUCCGUAUUACUUUUUAGUAUUAGUUUUAUCAAGUCGCCAACUCGAUUCAGAGGCACUAUCAUUUUUUCUUCUUUAAACAGUAAGAAGAAGCAAGGGUGUUUGAAAUAUUAUUGUGAGGUGGGUUUUGAGAAAACAGUAUGUCGAUAUCCUGCAAAGAUGGUAAGUCAGUAUUGGAUAAUGGCAAGUAUGUUCGCUACACACCUGAGCAGGUUGACGCCCUCGAGAGGCUUUAUCAUGAGUGCCCUAAACCCAGUUCCAUGCGCCGUCAGCAGCUCAUUCGCGAAUGCCCUAUCCUCUCCAACAUUGAGUCCAGGCAAAUCAAAGUUUGGUUUCAGAAUCGAAGAUGCAGGGAGAAACAGAGGAAAGAAGCUUCAAGGUUUCAGUCUGUGAAUAGGAAGCUGACAGCCAUGAACAAGCUUUUAAUGGAGGAAAAUGCCAGGUUGCAGAAGCAAGUUUCUCAAUUGGUGUAUGAGAAUGGCCACUUCCGUAGGCAAACUCCAAGUACAGGGAUUGGUACAAAAGACACCAGCUGUGAAUCAGUGGUGACAAGUGGUCAACUCCAAUUGACACCUCAGCAUCCUCCAAGGGAUGCUAGUCCUGAAGGGCUUUUAUGCAUUGCAAAAGAGACUUUAGCAGAGUUUCUUUCAAAGGCUACUGGAACUGCUGUUGAGUGGGUCCAAAUGCCUGGAAUGAAGCCUGGUCCGGAUUCCAUUGGAAUCAUUGCUAUUUCUCAUGGUUGUACUGGCGUGGCUGCAAGAGCUUGUGGCUUAGUUGGUCUUGAGCCUACAAGGGUUGUAGAAAUUCUCAAGGAUAGGCCAUCUUGGUUUCGCGAUUGCCGGACUGUUGAUAUCCUAAAUGUGAUCCCCACAGCCAAUGGUGGAACCAUUGAACUUCUAUACAUGCAGCUUUAUGCGCCAACAACUUUGGCACCUGCUCGUGACUUCUGGUUGUUACGCUAUGCUUCUGUUUUGGAUGAUGGAAGUCUGGUGGUGUGUGAAAGAUCACUUGGUAAUAUACAAAAUGGUCCGAGUGUGCCGCCAGUACCAAACUUUGUUAGAGCAGAAAUGCUUCCUAGCGGGUACUUGAUUAGACCUUGUGAUGGUGGAGGUUCAAUUAUUCAUAUCGUUGAUCAUAUGAAUUUAGAGGCGUGGAGUGUGCCAGAAGUGUUGCGCCCACUCUAUGAGUCAUCAGCAAUGCUUGCUCAUAAAACAACAAUGGCGGCCCUUUGCCAUCUGAGGCAGAUAGCGCAGGAGGUUUCACAGCCUAAUCUCACGAACUCUGGAAGAUGGCCUGCAGCUUUACGAGCUUUACGUCAGAGAUUGAGCCGGGGUUUUAACGAGGCUGUGAAUGGCUUUACUGAUGAGGGGUGGUCAUUGCUUGGUAAUGACGGCAUUGAUGAUGUCACUGUCCUCGUCAACUCCUCUCCAUAUAAACUGAUGGGUCUAGACCUCACGUUUGGAAAUGGUUUUACAUCCAUAAGCAAUGCAGUCUUGUGUGCAAAAGCAUCGAUGCUUCUGCAGAAUGUUCCGCCUGCAAUGCUUCUGAGGUUUCUCCGGGAGCAUAGGUCCGAGUGGGCUGAGAAUAAUAUUGAUGCUUAUUCAGCUGCUGCUAUUAAAGUUGGUCCUUGCAUCCUACCAGAAGCCCGUAUUUUUAACUUUGGGAAUCAAGUUAUACUUCCAUUGGCUCACGCUGUUGAGCACGAAGAGUUGCUGGAGGUUAUUAAGUUCGAAGGCAAUGGUCAUUCCCCUGAUGAUGCAAUCAUGCCAAGAGACAUGUUUCUGCUACAACUAUGUAGCGGAAUGGAUGAAAACGCUGUAGGGACGUGUGCAGAGCUCGUAUUUGCUCCUAUUGAUGCGUCUUUUGCGGAUGAUGCGCCUCUCCUCCCUUCUGGUUUUCGCAUCAUUCCUCUCGAUGCUGGCAAGGAAGCUUCCAGCCCCAGUCGCACCCUCGACCUCACUUCUGCUCUCGAGACGGGGACAGCGGAAAAUAAAGCUCCAAAUAGCCUCGGCACUAAUAACAGUGCGACAAGAUCUGUUAUGACCAUUGCUUUUCAAUUUGCCUAUGAAAGCCACAUGCAGGAGGCUGUUGUGUCGAUGGCGCGACAGUAUGUGCGCAGCGUUAUCUCGUCUGUUCAGAGGGUAGCGUUAGCACUCUCUCCUUCCCACUUGGGCUCCCACCCGGGCCUGAGACUGCCACUCGGGACUCCUGAAGCACACACCCUCGCCCAGUGGAUCUGCCAAAGCUACAGGUGCUACUUGGGCGUGGAACUACUGAAAUACAGCGGUGAAGGAAGCGAGUCCAUCUUGAAAGCACUGUGGAGUCACUCAGACGCUGUCGUUUGCUGCUCCGCAAAGGCGUCACCGUUUCUUGCAUUUGCAAACCAGGCAGGACUGGACAUGCUCGAGACAACUUUGGCCGCACUUCAAGACAUAAGUUUGGAGAAGAUAUUCGACGACCAUGGAAGGAAAACCCUCUGCUCUGAGUUCCCCCGGAUAAUGCAACAGGGUUUUUCAUGCCUUAAAGGCGGAAUCUGCAUGUCAAGCAUGAGCAGGCCAAUUUCAUAUGAGAAAGCAGUGGCAUGGAAAGUUCUGAACGAGGAAGAAAAUGUCCAUUGCAUCUGCUUUAUGUUCAUGAAUUGGUCAUUUCUCUAAGCUUUAGGUGUUGUUAUAUCAACCCAAACCAAAACCAUUGACGUAUGAAACCAUGUUGUAAUUAUACGUACAAAAUAGUAUCAACUUUUGUGCACUGAAAAUCUUAAAUUAU